ACCGCACGUUUACCUGAAGUCGGUCUCAUCUCUCAUCGUUCGUCUCUUCAUCACGCCAUCUGCCUUUCUUUGAUUCAAAAUGUGUGGCAUCUUCGGCUACAUCAACUACCUGGUCGAGAGAGAUCGUAAAUAUAUCAUCGAUACUUUGCUCAAUGGCUUGUCCAGACUUGAGUACCGCGGUUAUGACUCUGCGGGUCUUGCCGUCGAUGGCAACAAGAAAAACGAAGUCUGCGCCUUUAAGGAGGUUGGCAAGGUCGCCAAAUUGAAGCAGCUCAUUGAGGAGUCUAAGCCUGAUCUGACGAAGUCGUUCGAGUCCCAUGCUGGUAUCUCCCACACUCGCUGGGCCACUCACGGAACGCCUUCCCGCCAAAACUGCCACCCCCACAGGUCUGAUCUGAACUGGGAGUUUUCCAUCGUUCACAACGGAAUCAUUACCAACUACAAGGAGCUGAAGGCUUUGCUUGAGACCAAGGGUUUCCGCUUCGAGACGGAAACCGACACCGAAUGCAUUGCCAAGCUCACAAAAUACCUCUUUGACCAGCAGCCAGACAUUGAGUUCACGGUCCUGGCCAAGGCUGUUGUGAAGGAGCUUGAGGGUGCCUUCGGUCUCCUGAUCAAAUCUGUCCAUUAUCCCCACGAAGUCAUCGCCGCUCGCAAAGGAUCUCCUCUUGUGAUUGGAGUGAGGACAUCAAAGAAGAUGAAGGUGGACUUCGUGGAUGUUGAAUAUUCGGAAGAUGGCCCGCUACCCGCGGAGCAGGCUUCUCAGAAUGUCGCCAUCAAGAAGUCAGCCACCGGGCUCCUUGCCCCUCCCGACAAAUCGCUGCUGCAUCGGUCGCAGUCCCGUGCUUUCCUGUCCGACGAUGGUGUCCCGCAGCCCGCAGAGUUUUUCCUGUCCUCUGAUCCUUCUGCUAUUGUCGAACACACCAAGAAGGUGCUCUAUCUCGAAGAUGACGAUAUCGCCCAUGUGCAUGAGGGACAGCUGAACAUUCAUCGACUGACAAAGGAUGAUGGCACCUCCAACGUUCGAGCCAUCCAGACCAUUGAACUCGAACUUCAGGAGAUCAUGAAGGGUAAAUUCGAUCACUUCAUGCAGAAGGAGAUUUUUGAGCAGCCGGAGUCUGUCGUGAACACUAUGAGAGGUCGGCUUGACGUUGCCAACAAACAGGUCACGCUUGGUGGUCUCCGACAAUACAUUUCUACCAUUCGCCGCUGCAGAAGAAUCAUCUUCGUUGCCUGCGGAACCAGUUAUCACUCAUGCAUGGCUGUGCGUGGAGUUUUCGAGGAACUUACCGAAAUUCCUAUUUCGGUGGAACUUGCCUCUGAUUUCUUGGAUAGACAAGCUCCUGUUUUCCGUGAUGACACCUGCGUCUUUGUUUCCCAGUCCGGUGAAACAGCGGAUUCGCUCAUGGCUCUCCGGUACUGCCUUGAGCGGGGGGCAUUGACCGUUGGUAUUGUCAAUGUCGUUGGAUCUGCCAUCUCCCUUCUGACACACUGCGGUGUCCACAUUAAUGCCGGCCCUGAGAUUGGUGUUGCUUCUACCAAGGCUUAUACCUCUCAGUUCGUCGCCAUGGUUAUGUUCGCUCUCUCUCUCAGCGAGGAUCGGGCGUCCAAGCAGAAGAGACGGGAGGAGAUCAUGCAGGGUCUUGCCCUGGUUUCUGAGCAAUUCAAGGAGAUUCUGAAGCUGAACGAACCAAUCAAGCAGAUGUGCGCGAACUUCUUCAAGAACCAGAAGAGUCUUCUUCUGCUUGGAAGGGGAAGUCAAUUCCCCACAGCCCUCGAAGGUGCCCUGAAGAUCAAGGAGAUCUCCUACCUUCACUGCGAGGCUGUUAUGUCGGGUGAGUUGAAGCACGGUGUUCUCGCUCUUGUCGAUGAAAACCUGCCUAUCAUCAUGAUCUUGACAAGGGACAACAUCUUUACCAAAUCCUUGAACGCUUAUCAGCAAGUCAUUGCUCGAGGUGGCCGCCCCAUCGUCAUCUGCAACCACGACGACCCGGAGUUUUCCACUGCCCAGACGGACAAGAUUGAAGUACCCAAGACCGUUGAUUGCCUGCAAGGUCUGCUGAAUGUUAUCCCGCUACAGUUGGUUUCGUACUGGCUGGCGGUUCUGGAGGGUCUCAACGUUGACUUCCCUCGCAAUCUCGCGAAGUCUGUCACCGUGGAGUAAGCCGACCGUAUUGAGGAUGCAUGUUCCAGCAGGUGGGCUCGCGAACCUAUAGGGUAGGGUAGGACCUUGGUGAUAUUUUUGAUUCUUACAUGGUUUUUCGUUUAGUUUCCUUAUGACCAGAAGAAUGCAAUAGUUACAGGC